AGAAAGAACCAUGGAGAUGGAAUACUUUUGAUCAUACAACUCCAUAAUUUAAAAAAUUCCAAAUUUAACCCGAUUCUGAAAAUUUCAAAUCGGCAUGAGUUUAUGAGAUUCCGAAAUUUCGAUUCCAAAAAAUUGAAAUGGAUACUCAUUUUCGAAUAUUUGGAUUGAAAUUAAUAUUUGUCUAAAAUUUUCGUUCAGUUGAAACUAAGUGGACUGUUACUGAGGAAACUGAAUAGUCGCCGCCACUCCGACACAGCAAUGGUGACGACAAGGAGAAAGGCGGCGGCGGCGGCCUCUGCAACUCCGGACCCGAAAACGCCUGCAAAUGAUCCGGAUCCCCAUUUAAAUGCCCGAAACCCCAAAACCCCAUUCUCGAGCACCGCCAUCACACCCGCCUCAGUCAAAUCGGUCUUGUUGCAAGAUUGGUGGCUGGUAAAGGCUAAAGGAAAGGGUUUGGCCGUUGGAGGAUUUGCUUGGAGAGAGAGACUAGGAGUAAGAGUUUUUUGUUCAGCAGCCAUUUCCAAGAGACAUUCUGCCACUGUUCUUGAGACAGUAGAUGGGAUCAUGAUCACAGUUAGUGGUUGUUUAAAUAGGUCUCGCACGCAUCAAAAUGGCUUUCCAUCUGAGCUAUACGAUCACUUUCUUCUUGGAUUUCCUUUUGACUGGGAGGAAUAUGCUGCUGUUGUCACGGGUGAAGAUUCUACCGACAUAGUUGCUUCAAUGAGGAAUUCAGCUUACAAAAAGUUCAACGUUUCUUCAGGAACCAACAAGAGUAAUUCUUUACCAUUCUCUUUAGAUGAUCUACCAGUGACAAGGGCACGUGAUCUGUCAAUGUUAAGUUUUGGAGACUCUGAUUAUUGUUCACUAGUAAAGAGCAUUUUCAGCGAUAUACUGAAAACAUCCAGGGACAAUGCUUCUGGUCAUACCGGAUCACCAAUCGGUUUAAAUAUGGAAAAUCGUCGUCCAGUGCCAAAUGUGGAUUCUGGAACAACUGAAACUCCAGCUAAGCAUAAGAAGGUUAAGGUUAAGGAGGACAAGAACCCGAUGACAGAAGAAAAUAAGAAAAUUUGCAAGAUUCGGCCUAGCUGUAGUGUAGGUGUUCUCACAAGAAGCAUGACUAGAAGAAGCAUGACUGGGAAUGUUUUCCACAAGAAGAACGACAAGAAGGAAGAUUACACAAAAACACAUGACCAGAAGAAAGUUGUAGCCCACCAGCUUUUCCGUCAGACGCAACGCCGCAACAAGGAAAAAAAAUCGAAGGGUGAAACACAGUAAAUGCUGAAAAUUUGAGUCGUGCUGGUUUUUAUCUGCAGCCAGAAUAUCAAGAGAAAGGCCGAAGAAUAUGAAAACAUCCGCAAGGUACGCCUCUAACUGGCAACUGGAAUGGGCUAUUUCAAUGGAUUUUGAUCCUUCGACGAAUGCUACACUUACUAUCCAUCUGUAAAAAAAAUCGAAAGCUUCGCAGUUGAGUUUUCUUCUCACCUUUGAUGUUACAAAGAUGGUCCGUUACGAUCCUGUAUGCAUUUUAGUAAGCUAUAUCAGUGUCAUUAGAAUGGUUAUAGCGCUUCUCAA